CGCUGGGGCCACACCACAGUAAACGCAGCUCUCUGUCACGUCCUCUGUCUGGUUGUAUAAAAGCGCCGCCCUGUUUGCUGUUUCAACAUUCUGUGUUUCACAGUCCAACAACCUGUAUUGAAAAUGAGCGGACGUGGAAAAGGAGGAAAGGGACUCGGCAAAGGAGGCGCCAAGCGUCACCGUAAAGUUCUCCGUGAUAACAUCCAGGGAAUCACAAAGCCCGCCAUUCGCCGUCUAGCUCGCCGUGGUGGAGUGAAGCGUAUCUCCGGCCUGAUCUACGAGGAGACUCGUGGUGUUCUCAAGGUUUUCCUGGAGAACGUGAUUCGUGACGCCGUCACGUACACCGAGCACGCCAAGAGGAAGACGGUCACUGCCAUGGAUGUGGUCUACGCUCUGAAGAGACAGGGCCGCACCCUGUACGGAUUCGGAGGUUAAGCCUGAUACCUGCAUACGUUAAAACCCAACGGCUCUUCUAAGAGCCACCCACUGUUUCUUUAAAGAUCACAUUCCCGCUCAAUAUUUGAAGACAUAUAUAAUGAUUAUACUUAUUAUAAUUGUUACCGCACUACUGAACUCUGUGUGAGACUCGAGGAACCCAAAUCAGGAACCAUAAACGUGGUUUGUCGCAUUUAUUAUUACAUGGAGACACCGUCUAAAAUGGCGGCCUAGUUUCCGUUAAAGACAGUCUUUCUGUCCCUGAAUUCGUAUUUAUCCCACCUUUUGUACUCCGAUCUCUCGACACCAUUUUUUAAAUAUAAAAACAUUUCUAUAGCAUAUACCAAAACAUUAAAUUCUGUAACAUAUUUUACUCAGACCGUUUAGUUCCCUUGUAAAUAUUAUCUUUACAAUCACUACUCUUUUAACUAAUGAUAACGUUAUAAUUAAUAUCGUUAUUGUUGCUUAUUUAAAUAACUGGUGUAUAUCUAAGACACAAUUCGCGCUUUUGUAAAUGUUUGGAAUAUGGAGUAUUUUCACUGCUAUUAAAGUAAAUGUUAAAUCU